AUGAAGAAUAUUAUAAUUUUAAUUUUGAUUCAUAUUUUUUAUUGCCUCAAUGCAAAAUUAACCACACUUAGUACAUGUAAAGAUUGUCGUGGAAAAAUUCAUACAAAAGAAGAUUUACAAUUAGCUAAACAACCUUUAAUUAUUAAUCAAAAUCUGGCUUGUCACUAUGCAAAAAAUAAAUUUUUUAUUAUUGUUAAAUCAGGAACUUUUCAACGACGAAAUUUUACACGUUCUACAUGGGCACGAGAAAUUAAUGAACGUUUUGAUAUAGCUGUUUUAUAUGCUAUUGGAUAUCCAAAAGAUCCUGCUAUGCAAAAAGAAAUUAUUGAUGAAGAUGAAAAAUAUCAUGAUUUAUUAGAAUUUAAUUUUCUUGAAAGUUAUUAUAAUUUAACAUUAAAGACAACAAGUGUUUUAGUUUGGUAUGAUAAAUAUUGUUCGAGUAACAGUGAUUAUCUUUUGUAUGUUGAUGAUGAUAUCCUUAUUCAUGCUGAUAAAUUAGUUCUAUAUAUGAAUCAAAUUACUAAUAAUGAUACACUCGAAGGUUGGUUUGAAAAAUCUGGAAAAAUUCAACGUAAAGGUAUUGGUGGAGUAUCAAAAGAAAAUUUUCCUAUUGAUAUUGUACCAGAUUAUUUAUGGGGUGCUGCAGUUUUAUAUCCAUCAAAUAUAAUAUCAAAUUUAUUAAUCAAAGCUAUAUUUAAUACAACAAUACCAAUAUUUUUUCGUGAUGAUGUUUUUAUUAAUGGUUUCAUAGCUGAACAAGCUGGUAUUAAACGAAAACAUAUGAAAGGAAUUUUGACAUAUGAUCAAACAGAAGAUGAUUUAAAUACUAAUAUGAUAAUAAUUGAUUUUAAAAAUGAAGAAAGUCGUGAAAAAGCAUGGAAUUGUUAUAAAUAUAAUAUUCAAUGUAAUAAAAAUUUACCAUUAUUAUUAUUCAGAAUUUUUGUUGGAAUAAAAACACGUAUUAUUAUGAGCAAUUAA